GGUCUUGUAACGGUCCGGGCACGCGCUCACUCCGCUGGCGGAUGCUGUACGGGAUUACAGCACAGCGGGGAGCAGCUCCCUCUUUGUGUUUCUGCUCUGUUUAUCUAUAGAAUCAUAAUUUCAGUGUCUCUGCUCCACUCGGAGCUUCCGUCCGGGACGCUCUGCGGGUUUUACCCCCCCUCCAGUACCGGGCAGCGGAGCGGCGAAGGGCCGCCGGCUGUAUGUAUCUCUGCAACAGGUCGGUCAGGAGGUGAAAUAAUCUACGGAGGGAAAAAAAAAUCCCUCAAGGCUCUGAGGCGGACAUCUAACGGCGGAGGCUGUUGAUGACUUUAGCUGCAGUCUGGAUGCGGCAGGGAGGAGGCAACAUGAUGCCGACGUUCCUCACUGUGUUCCUGAGCAACAGCGACCAACACUACAACGAGGUUCCCAUCAUGCCGGACACCCUGUGCAGAGAUGUGGUGGAGCUUUGCAAGGAGCCUGGUGAGGCUGACUGCUACCUGGCUGAGAUAUGGAGAGGCUCAGAGCGUAUUGUUGGAGAAGGUGAGCGGAUGCUGGAAGUGCUGCAGCGAUGGGGGCAGCAGGGAGCGGAGAUGCGGUACGUCCUGCGUCACCAGAGAGCUCCCGGACGAGAGUCAGAUGCAUCCAGAGGUGCAGAUCUAACGAAGAAGAAGAAGAAGACUCAGGAGAAUGCUUUUGGAGACAGAUGUCUGGAGAACGGGCUGUCGGCUCCUCGUCUGGACGCCACGCUGAAUGAGCUGCAGGAUCUGGCCUUUCGGCAGCAGCAGCAGAUUGACGCCCAGCAGCAGCUCCUGGUCUCAAAGGAGGAGCAGCUUCGAAACCUGAAGCUGCAGGAUCAGCGGCUGCAACAUCAGGAGCUUUCUGAACAGGAGCGACUGCAGCAGCUCCGAGAAAACGCUCGCAACCAGGAGGCCAAGCUGCGGCGGGUGCGGGCCCUCAGGGGCCAGGUGGAGCAGAAACGCCUCAGCAACAGCAAACUAGUGGAGGAGAUCGAGCAGAUGACGGGUCUGUUCCACCAGAAGCAGCGGGAGCUGCUAAUGGCUGCAGCCCGGGUGGAAGAGCUGAGCGACCAGCUGGAGGCACUGAGGAGCUACAGGCUUGAUCCUCAUCUUCCUCCUCACCAUCCCAACUCCUCUUCAGCGGCUGAGCUGGAGCGCCUCUAUAGAGAGCUGCAGCUGAGGAACAAGCUGAACCAGGACCAGAGCGGCCGGCUGCUGCAGCAGAGAGAGAGCCUGAGCAAGAGGAACCUGGAGGUGGCCGCCAUGGACCGGCGGCUGGCCGAGCUCAGACAGAGACUCUGGAAAAAGAAGGCCGCUCUGCAGCAACAAGAGAACCAGCCGGUGGCUUCAGAGGGCGUGGCCUCUCAGAUCUGUGCAAACUCCAGGGUGGCCGCGGUGGGGCCGUACAUCCAGUCAUCCUCUACUUCAAGCCCCCAGGGCACCUCAGCCCCCCCCCGACAGGAGGCUCUGGUGAAGCCAGCGUACCCAGACGGCACCGCCACCUUACCCAUGCCUGAAUCGUCCAUGAAGCCCCCACCCCGACCAGCUAAACCUGCCUCUGGAUUCAGCACGAUGAAAGUGAAUCAGAACUCCGACUGGAGCAGCUCGUAUUCUGAAUCCAGCGGGGGCCACGCCCACGGCCACGCCUCCACCCUACCCCGAGCGUUCAGCCGCAGCUCAGCAGGUGGGGAGACUCUGAUGGAGCAGCAGGGACCAGCAGAAUCUGACACCCCCCUCUCUGCCCCGGCACGAUCCAGUCACACCAAGGAAAACCAGCUCAGGGAUACUCAGGCUUCAGCUAAAGGACCGUCCAAGAUGGCAGGACCACCUCCAGUUCCAACUAAACCUAAACCAUCCUUCUCAGCUGGACCGCCAACCUUCUCCAAGCCCAGCUACAGCACCGGGACCUUCCCCGGUAAGGUCAGGCCAGUUGGAGGCAACCUGAAAGCUCAGAGAGUCCCCUCCAGCCACAGCAACACCCUCCCGCUGCCCAAUAAGCAGGAGAAUCCACCAGCUGUAGCUGUUCGACCCUACACGCCUGAGCUCUCAGAUGGUCCACCAUCUGUGCUGCAGAAGCCUCAGACUCUGGCGGCUUCUUCCAUCUUCUCCAUGUACACCCAACAGGCAACUCCCGGGAAGAGCUACCAGAGCAGCAAUUAUGGAACCCUACCACGCAGCCGACCUCGAGUUUAUGGACCAAAGCCAGCCCUCCAAUCCAGCGGGGGGCAGAAGUCUCUCGGCUCAGACAAAGCACCCCCGCAUUCUGGCGAUUGUGGACCUGACAGAAGCGAUGCUGGGAAAAAUGUCCCAAGUGUUUGUGAGGGUGUUGAAGGAGAAACUACUGAUAAUGCUACGCCCCGUCCACUCAGCCCCACCAAGCUCCUCCCCUUCCAGUCAAACCCACACAGGAACCCCAGUGACACCGACCUGGAGGCCCUCCGCCGCCGGCUGCACAACGCCCCCCGGCCCCUCAAGAAGCGCAACUCUAUUACAGAACCUGAAGGUCCCGGUGGACCCAACAUUCAGAAACUUCUCUACCAAAAGACCACUCUGGCUGCCAUGGAAACCAUCCCCAUGGAGACGGUCAGUUCAUCAGGGUCAUACGCGGAGCCUUCUGGUCCUGAGGGCAGGACGUGCGGGGAUGCACCUCCCAAAUCUGACAGAGUCAGGGAAAUUGGCACAAACCAAAAAUCUGGCCAAAGCUCCAAGAAGAACCCGACUCCGCCCCCUCUGCCUCCCCGCUCCCCCAUCAUUGAUCCCAUCUCCCCACAUUCCCUGCCCCCCCCACUGGAGGAGAAAGAAGAGGAGGAAUGUUCACGCACCUCAGCACAUCAAGACCGUGUCCUGGAUGAGUUCCCGCCAUACCCACCGCCGCCGUACCCCAGCAGCGGGGAGGCGGAGCACGGCGAAGACAACCUGAGCUUUCAGCCUCCAGAGAUCACAGGGCAGGCCUCUCUGCCCCCCGGUAAGAAGCCGAUCCUCCGCAAGGCCGGAUCAGACCGGAUUGACCACAAGGUGCGGGUCAAGUUCAACGCUCUGGCCCUGCUGCUGGACGCAUCUCUAGAGGGGGAGUACGACCUCGUCCAGAGGGUCAUCUACGACGUGGAAGACCCCAGCAUGCCCAACGACGAGGGCAUCACGGCGCUGCACAACGCCGUCUGCGCCGGCCACACGGAGAUCGUGAAGUUCUUGGUUCAGUUUGGCGUGAAUGUUAACGCUGCCGACAGCGACGGCUGGACUCCCCUUCACUGCGCCGCCUCCUGCAACAACGUUCAGGUCUGCAAGUUCCUGGUGGAGUCGGGCGCCGCCGUGUUCGCCACCACGUACAGCGACAUGCAGACCGCUGCUGACAAGUGUGAGGAGAUGGAGGAAGGUUACGCUCAAUGCUCCCAGUUCCUCUACGGCGUCCAGGAGAAGAUGGGCGUGAUGAACCGGGGCGUGGUUUACGCCCUGUGGGACUACGACUCCCAGAACCAAGACGAGCUGGCCUUCAGUGAGGGAGACUGCAUGACGGUGCUGAGGCGGGAGGACGAGGUGGAGACGGAGUGGUGGUGGGCGCGAUGCGGCGACUACGAGGGCUACAUUCCCCGCAAUCUACUGGGGCUCUAUCUGAGGAUCAAACAGCGGCAGAGGAGCCUGGCUUAGCCUUCAGCAGACCUGCAACAACAAGAGAAUUAAUGCGAGCCCGCAAGCAGCAGAACAAACCAGAAAUUCCUUUUUUUUCUUAUUAUUUGGAUUGAUUUUACCGCAGGAUUUUGUUCUCUCCCACCUAAUCAGGUUGUGGAACGUGAGAGACGUCAAAGACAGUAUGCUUUCCAUUUCCCCCUGAUUGGACUUUUUACAUUUAUAUCAUUUUAGUUCUUUCUGUCUUUCUGUCUUUUCAACUAAUUCGGCACCAAGAUUGUGGUUUUAUUUUGAAAAGAUGAGCAAAAAAGUCAAACUUGAGUUCAGGAUUUAAGGAUAAAAACAUUUGUUCUAACAGAAUUUAAAGUAUUAAAGUUCAUUUGUUUUAUGUUCUGCGUUAACACUUCCUGUGCCAAAAACAAACAGCUGUGCUGAAUUUUGAUUUUUUAUUUCUUUUGGUUUAUCACUUUUUCCCUUUGAAGGAUCUUCAUUUUUUUUUCUUUUUGGUUUUAAGUGAAGAAUCAGAUUUUUGGGACUUUUACCCCCCGUCUUGGUUUCAUUGUUUAAUACACUCAAUCAGUUUUAUUUUCGUGAACCGAUAAAUUAUUAAAGCGUAAAUGUCAUCAACUUCA